AUGUCUGACGCUGGAGAUGCCCCCGUUGAGACCACUGAGGUCGAGGUCGCCCAGGAAGCCCCCAAGGGCAAAAUGUCGGAAGUUCUGAAGAAUGCUCUUCUCCAUGAUGGGCUCGCCCGUGGUCUUCGAGAGGCUGCCAAGGCGCUGGACAAACGCCAGGCCCAUCUUUGCGUUCUUGUCGAAACUUGCACUGAAGCUGAAUACAUCAAGCUCAUUGUUGCUUUGUGCGCUGAGCACAACAUUAACCUGAUCAAGGUCGGAGACGCCAAAGUGCUUGGUACUUGGCUGGCCUCUGCAAGAUUGAUCGCGAAGGAUUAUGGCCAGGAAAGCGAAGGUCUCAACGUUCUCCUCGAGUACUUCAAGAACCGAUGA